AGAAAAAAAAACCCCUUUGCAGAUUCUCGGAAUUACUCAUGCAUUAUUCAACAUCCCACGGAGUUUUAACAAGAAGAGCUCCAACUCUGUUUCUCUCUCUGCCCGCUCAAAAAACAAGCCUUGUGCUGUUUUUAAAGUGAAACCAUCCAGCCCCAGCUCCAACCUGUCACUCGAACACAUUUCUUCAGAGGGUUGAGGAGGGCAAAAGGUGCUCCAACGAUUUGACCGUCUGCUGACUGACAGCACCGAGAGAGAGAGAGACAGACAGACAAGAGACUAGUGACCGGGAAUAACAGGAGAUGGGAUACCGUUACAUAUAGAAGCAGAGCCUCUGAUGAACAAGCCUCACUCAUAAACUGAUAUCCUAGAGGUGGUAGCACGGAAGAACACUGUAAAAUUAAAUCCAAGGUCUUGAUGACUAAGAAGUAAAAUGAGUCAACAAUGAACGUCAAGGUCAACAAAACCAAAUCAAUACUAAAAAGCUAGCUUCGGAUAAACCCUUGACAGAAAAGCUGAGAAGAGACUUUGAAAUGUGUUGAAUAACUCUCUCUUAUCUAAACCAUCAACUGAGCUGCACAUGGGAGUGGAGCAGAGGAAACGAUUCUCGACAUUACCCAACGCAGUUCUCGCUGCAUAAAGCAGAAGUAAGCUUCGCCAGCAACAAUAUCACAAGAGAGAAAACACAGAGCAGUCGUCUGAAAUGUCACCAAGAGAUAACCAAGGAAGAAAAUGUGUGCGAGAAAAACACCAUUAAGCUACAGUGGGGGUACACUGAAAGAUAUUCUUAGACAUCCACACCAAGCCAAUGGCAAGGACUCAUUAAAUUCUGUACAUUCAUUUUCUCUUUGGGUUUUCAAAUCCCACAUCCAAAUAAUGUCUACAGCCUGAGUUAGUAUUGGAUUAUUUCAGCUUCAAAUCAAGUUUAAUGAUUCAGAAAGACAAAGCAAAUUGAAGAGUUGAUAUUGCUCUAUUCAAAGAUCUGUGAAUUGGCAUUCCCUUAUGAAUUUCCUCCUUUGACUUUCUUCUCUUCCCAAUCCAAGGAACCAUUUUUUUCACAUUUAUAGCCUGUACACCCAGAGUCAGCCUGAUUCAUUCUCAAAAACAAAGGUAAUUGAAAAAUGUCGAACGAUUCAUCCAGCUGUAGCGAUGAUCGGAGUACAACUAACUUCUUGUAUGCCAUCAUGUAUGCUGUCAUAUUUGUACCGGGCUUAAUAGCUAAUGUCCUGGCGCUAUGGGUGUUCCAUGCUUAUGUUAAGGAGACAAAGCGGGCAGUGAUUUUCAUGAUUAACUUGGCCAUUGCUGACGUGGCACAGGUCUUGUCUUUACCACUCCGGAUUUUCUACUACUUGCAUCAGGCCUGGCCUUUUGGCAGCUUUUUGUGCAUGUUUUGUUUCUACCUUAAGUACGUGAACAUGUAUGCAAGCAUCUUCUUCCUGGUCUGCAUCAGUAUCAGACGGUGCCUCUUCCUGAUCCAACCUUUCAAAUAUAAUGAUUGUAAGCGCAGGUACGACGUCUAUGUGAGUAUUGUAGGGUGGCUCCUGGUGGGUGCCGCUUGCCUGCCCUUCCCCUUAGUGAGGCACGACACAAAAAACAGCUCCAGCAACUUCACUCGCUGCUUUGCAGACCUACCCAUAACUGAAAUUGGCAUCUCUACCUCUGUUGUCAUGGUAACUCUGGCUGAACUAACAGGCUUUGUGCUACCUCUUGCCAUCACGUUGAUCUGCUCUUGGAAAACCAUCAUGACCUUGCGAGAGAAGAACCCAGUUUUACAAGAUAGUGGGGAAAAGAAGAAAGCUUUGAAGAUGGUGCUGACAUGUAGCAUGGUCUUCCUGGUCUGCUUUGCGCCGUAUCACAUUACCUUCCCUUUGCAUUUUCUGGCGAUAACUGGUCGUAUCGAAGACUGCUUCACCAGGAAGAUCAUACUGACCUUUCACCCCAUUGCGCUCUGUCUGGCCAGCCUGAACUGCUGCCUGGAUCCAGUCAUCUACUAUUUCACAACAGAAGAAUUCAGGAGAAGACUGUCACGGCAAGAAAUCUGUGAAAACGAUAUUCAGCUCAACUCCAAGGAAUAUGGUUGAAGGAAGUGCUAAGGGUAACAUGUUCAAUAUUCAGCUGCUUUGCAAAACUGAACAUAAGCGACACAGAAAGGUCAGCAAGUGUCAGCCUGACCGCCAUGGUGUAAUUUUUAUUUUUCAAUGUUAUUUAGCCUAUUUAUAUGAUGUACUUGUAUAUGUUGGUUGUUUUUUCUACAGAAAUGUGAAUCUUUACAAUGGUGAAGAGUUUAAAAAUACUUAUGUGGAGUGUUCUAUUUUGAGAAUCUGUCAGAGGAAAGCCAAGUGGGCUCAAAGAGUCGGCAGAUCACAUGUAGUGAUCCCUCUGUUGCCCAGUGAUGUGCCUUAAAUAGAUUUGCAGAGUGACAUUUCAGUUCCGUAGUGAGAUUUCCACUUCCUACUUCAGUCAUGAUGGUCAUUGUAAGUCUGCUGUAUUAAUGUCAAACCAUAGGAGAAACCCACAUUAAAGUUUGAUGUUAAUUUGACUGAUAACAAAGUUAACUGGGUUAAGAAAUCAUUCAAAAUAAGUAAAUAUUCCAGCCAAUUAAUUGAG